UGCAUGCCGGUCCCGCCUCAGCCCCCAACAUGGCGUCGCGCUGUCAGCGGUGUGUGUGAGGCGGGCAGGGACGCGGGGCUGCGGGCGGGCACGGCGGCUCCCGGAGCUCCUCGGAGCGCCGCCGCCGCGGUGGCAACGCGCCGCUCCUCGCUGCUGCCCGCCGCGCCCCGGCUGUCCGGCGCUCAGGCCGCUGGGGACGCGCCUGCCCCCGCCCUGCCCCCGCCAUGGGCGGGUAGCGGGACCCGCCUCGCCUCAGCCCUGCGGAGCCCCCCCGCCCUUCGCGCCAUGGGGUCCCCGGCGGCCGCCUCGGCGGCCGCGGCCACCGACUCGGCGCAGUGGCUGUCGGUGAAGGAGGAGACCAUCUUCCUGCACGACGGGCUGAUCCGGGUCACCGACCUGGCCGAGCUGCCCAGCGAGAUCAUUGGGGUGGCCGAGCCCGGCGACACCGAGCUGGAGAUCCUGACCUUCGAGACCAAGAACCCGACGGAGCUGGCGGAGCGUCUGCGCUCGGUGUGCGGGAACCAGAGCAACGCGUACGCGCGGCUGCUGGAGUACCGGCUGAACGCGCUGCGCGGGCUCUGGAACGCGCAGCGCCAGCUGGCCCUGGAGGAGCAGCACGACCGCGACGGCGCCGGCGACGAGGAGGCGCUGGCGCUGCUCAAACGCCAGGGCUUGUUACAGCAGCCCGAGCAGGCUCCCUUCACCUCGCGCAUGGGGCUGCUGCUGGUGUUCCCGCUGAUCCAGUCGCAGAGCAGGACGGACCCUUCCCUGUGUAACAUCACGGCCGAGGUGCUGCUGAACUGCCUGCGGGACUGCCAGCCGCUGAGCCUGACCAAGGAGCCGGCCGACUGCCUCAACGGCAUCGAGGCCCUGCUCUGCUCCUGGCUCGAGGACACGGCGCCCUCCGGACAGCACAUCCCCUACAAGCAGAAGGAAAACGCUGCCGCUGCCCUGGUUGCCUUGGCUUGUGCGAGAGGGUCGCUGAAAACCUUUGUUCAUACAGUGCAUCUAUUACAGAAACAGACUGAGCUGGGGUCCCUGCCUGUGGCUGAUGUUCUCUACAGGUUGUUGCUUUUGGAGGGAGGCCCUGGAUCCCCCUCCUGCCUGCUUGGAGGGAAGCACAUCGUGUCCUGGGGCUUUGAGGACAUGUUACCUGCCCCUGAUGCCAACACUGGUGCCAGCAGUGAAAAUAAAGACGCAGACCUGGGCCGGUGCCUUGCAGCCGACGGGCUCUACCUGUACACGACCAAUUCCGUGGGCAGGGGGAUCAGCAAGCUGGGAUCAGGACUGCACGGGACCCUCAGGGGGUUUGUGUACUGCCGGAAUGAGGAGCUGGAGACGGGCUGGGUGGCUUUUGGCAACGGCAAACUCCUCCAUCGGCCCGUGUCCUUUGAUAGCAAACCUCACUACCUGUUCCAGCUUGUGGAUCAACAUACCCUGCAGGUAUGUCAGAUAAUCCCAAUGCCAGUAAAUCACUUCCCAGUUGGCAGCACUAUGACCACCGUGCAUCUUUCUUCAGAUGGCACCUUUUUCUACUGGAUUUGGUCUCCUGCAAGCCUCAACGAAAAAACCCCCAAAGGCCACUCUGUCUUUAUGGAUAUUUUUGAAAUUAUAGUAGAAAAUGGCAUUUGUAUAGCAAAUCCUCUGCAGGAAAGAAUUAUCCUGAUGAGGAAAGAGGGGGAAUCUGCCAAGAGCAUCAAUGAGAUGCUGCUGAGCCGCCUGUCCCGGUACCGCGCCUCCCCCUCGGCCACCCUCGCUGCUCUCACGGGCUCCACCAUCUCCAACACCCUCAAGGAGGACCAGGCAGCUGCCAACACGAGCUGUGGGCUGCCCCUGAAGAUGCUGAGGAAGACCCCGAUCUACACGUGUGGCACCUACCUGGUGAUGCUGGUGCCACCGCCGGGGGGCUCGGGCAGCUCGGCCACGCGCUCGCUCUUCGGGGGCACCAGCGCUUUGUCCUCCUUGAAAAUUCUUGCCUCCAGCCUGGUGUUCAAUAUCUCGGACGGGCAGUUCACCAGCAGGGCGGAUCUCAUCGACGCCGCGGGCAGCUCGCUCGGACGGGGGGCUCUGGUGCCAGGCCUUGGUGCUUGUUAUGAUACAAUGAAUAACAUGAUCUGGACGUGCUCCAAUGAUUAUAUCGAUCAGUGGUGCAAUCCUGGGAACCAGGCAUUCCACUGUGUGUGCCAGAGGCUGGGAGUGAGUCACGUCAUCGCAGAGCCCAAAGGGGAUGCAACAACCACAAACGAGGUCAUUAACCAGUUACUGCACCAUGUUGGUGCCAUGUGCAUCCACCAGCUCAACCUCCUGGCAGCCAGCAACAGCCUCCCCAUCAGCAAUUUUCUGGGCAAGCAGCAUCCCAUUGAAGCCCAUCACCUGAGCAGCAUCUGCGACAUUAUGGAAAAGGCCAUGGUCAAUGGAGACACCUGCAUCAUCCGCUGCAUCCUCGUUGUCUUCCAGGUGGUUUUUAAAUUUUUCUUCAGCCCCCAAACUGAAAGGAACAGAGACAUUGUCAGAAGGUCUGGGCUGUUACUGUGGCAGUUACUGAUGGCCCCAAGGGAUCAGAUCUGCUCUGAAAUCCAGAAGGAAGUUUGUCUGGCCAUUAGCUCUGGUUUAAAUAUCCUGUAUCCUGGAGAAGCAGAAAUCAAUAAUUUAUUGAAAUUGGUCUUAACUGAAGGAGAGAGGAACAGUGGCCUCUCGCAGCUCCGGGAUGUUAUCCUCACCAAUUUAGCUGAGCAGCUGCAGAACAACAGAUUUGGAAGUGAAGAUGAUGAUCAUUAUAGACUCAAUGAUGAGCUCUUGCACUACAUCCUCAAGAUUGUUGUCCGAGAAUCUUGUGUCUUAAUCACCAAGUGCCAAACUGUAUCUAAAGAUGACUUUCAAAGGCUUCUUUCAACUGUGCCUGCUGCGUCCUCGUGCUUGCGGUACCUGAUGGCUGUGCAGAACCACCUCCUCAGUAACACUAUUCUGAUUAAACCCGAUGACAAUGAUGACAGUGACAGCUCCUUGCAGGGAGAGACAUUGAAGGUACAGGAACUCAAGACCAGCAUUUUGUCUCUCGCCACACAAAUCCUGACAGGAUGUGAUGAAGUCUUAGAAAUGCUGCAACAAGUCACUACAGCACUAAUUAACAGUGACAUUUCUGACAGGGAGCAAAGGUUAAAAGGCCUGGAGCAGAUCACAAAGGCCACCAUGCUUGGCCACCUGCUGCCCGUGCUGCUGACAUCCCUGAUGCACCCCAACCUGCAGACCCUGACCAUGGCUGAUGCCCUGAUGCCUCAGCUGGUGCAGCUGGUCCUUUACACCAGCCAGACUGCACUGCUGCUUAAAACCCAGUCUCCAGUUUUCUCAGAACUGAACAGUUCCCCCAGUUGUGCUCCAGAGCAGAAAGGGAAGCAGUUACCUGAUGAGAGGAUGCUGGAAGAGAAGGAAGAGCCAGGAUUCCUGACUGGUUUGAAGAUCCCUGCUCCCUGGGCUGCUGGGAAGACCGUGGAGACAGUGCACCCUGUCAGGGAUAAUUAUAAAUUUAAGGAAACUGUCCACAUUCCAGGAGCCCGCUGUUUGUAUCUUAGAUUUGACAACAGAUGCUCCUCCCAGUAUGAUUAUGACAAGUCUAACAGUGUAUUUUAUGUUUUGAAGUUGGUGAUCUAUGCUGGUCCUAGCACAAACAGUAGGAAGGUUGCUGAGUAUGGAGGCAAUACACUGGGAUAUGGCAGCCGUAGUGUCUUAGGAACGGGGUGGCCCAAGGACUUAGUGAAGGUGGAAGGAGACACGGUCACGUUCUCCUUCGAGAUGCGCAGCGGGCGGGAGCACAACACCCCGGACAAAGCCAUGUGGGGCUUUGCCUGCACUGUCCGAGCACAGGAAUCCUCAGAGGAUGUGUCAGGAGGUUUGCCAUUCCUGGUUGACCUGGCCCUGGGCCUGUCUGUGCUGGCCUGUUCCAUGCUGAGGAUCUUGUACAAUGGGCCAGAAAUUACCAAAGAUGAAGAAACCUGUCAGGAGCUCUUAAGAUCUAAACUCUUACAAAGGUGCCAGUGGCAGGUGGAAGCCAACGGGGUGAUAUCUCCAGCCCUCACUCCAAGCCCUUCUCCACUGCCUCUCACCAUAGAGGAGGACAGGGAGUUCACAUACCCCUCUGACGUGCUCGUGCCUCCUGUUGGACACUACUUUGAUCUGCCCAGGAUUAGGCUGCCCCCAGGAAUCAUGAUCAAGCUCAGGGAAAUUUCUGGACGUGCUCGGCCUCAAUUUAGACCCAGUAUAAAGGAAGUGAUCCAGCCAGAAGUCAUGGAGGAGAUGGUGGUUUCAUGUGUGAUUAAACAUCUCAAUUUGGUUGAUGCUCUCCAGUCCCUGAUAAAUUUCCAGUAUCAGGAGGAACAUGCUGAAGAAUAUGAUUUACUUUGUAAAAUUAUGGGAGAGACCUUUAAGAAGCUGAAUGCCAUGGAGAGACAACUGCAGAGUGUGGCUGAGCUGGAGCAGAAGUGGCAGAACGAGGUGGAUGAUGCCAUGCACGGGAAGCUGGAGAACAACGUCCCCUUUUUUUAUGAUUAUCACUUCAACGAGAGCAAGAUGAAGGAGCUGGAGCUUCUGUGUUCCAUGAAGGAAGUUUCUUUUGAUGGGAGUGAUCUCGAGAACGUGGUCCUGGCACUAAGGGAGAAAUUCUUCCAGGAGGUGAAUUCCCUGAUCCAGAAGACCUCUCAUCCCUUAGCAAAGACAAAAACCUUGGUGAAGAGCUUGAUGAACAGAGCAGAGCUGUUGUUGCAUGUGACCAUUGCAGCACAGUCUGGGAUCACAAGGAGCAUAUCUGGGACCCCUGCAGAGACUCCAGCCUGUAAAUCAGCCUCUGAGGCCAAGGUGAUCUCGCACGCCGUGCGCCAGCCCGUGUUCCUGCGCAGCAUGUCCGCCCCGUCCGACCUGGAGAUGAUCGGCAACGAGGACAUCGAGUUUGCCCGUGCCAGCCAGAGGCGCCGGCACGUCACCAGCCACAGGAGCAGCUCCUUCACCCUGCUACAGUCCCUGGCCAUCGAGGACAGCAGGGACAAACCCACCUACAGUGUCCUGCUGGGGCAGCUCUUCGCUUUCAUCGGGACAAACCCCGACCAAGCCGUGUCCAGCAGCAGCUUCCUGCUGGCUGCCCAGACCCGCUGGAGACGGGGGAACACCAGGAAGCAGGCGCUGGUGCACAUGAGGGAGCUGCUGACGGCCGCCGUGCGCGUCGGCGGCGUCACCCACCUGGUGGGCCCCGUGACAAUGGUGCUCCAGGGAGGGCCCAGGAUUGAAGAGCUGACGUGUGGUGGGAUGGUGGAGCAGGUCCAGGAGGCUUUUGGAGAGACGAUGACGUCGGUGGUGUCCCUGUGUGCCCGGUACCCCAUCGCCUGUGCCAACAGCAUUGGCCUCUUGUGCACCAUUCCCUACACCAGGAGCGAGGAGAAGUGUCUGGUGAGGAGUGGCCUGGUGCAGCUCAUGGACAGGCUCUGCAGCCUGAGCAGCCAGACUGAGUCCAGCUCAAAUGAAAAACAGACCAAGAAACAGAAGGUGGCCACCAUGGCCUGGGCUGCCUUCCAGGUGCUGGCCAACCGCUGUGUGGAGUGGGAGAAGGAGGAAGGGGGUUCCACAGACGCCGUUCACUCCGGGCUGGCCAGGCAGGUCUCCAGCCUCCUCACCAACCACCUGGCCAGAGCCACCGAGUGCUGUGGCAACCAGGCUGCAGGGAAUGAUGCACUGCAGGACGUCCUCAGCCUUCUGAACGACCUCUCAAGGAGUCACAUAGGUAAAGCCAUCCUGAGCCAGCCAGCCUGCGUGUCCAAGCUCCUGUCCCUCCUCUUGGAUCAGCGUCCUUCUCCAAAGCUGGUGCUCAUAAUCCUGCAGCUGUGUCGUGCUGCUCUGCCUCUCAUGAGCGUUGAGGACUGUGGGAAUGUGGAAUUGCCCCCCUGGAGUUACUCAGUGCCCUCUCUGAACAGCGAGCAGGACGAUCCCAGUGACCCGGCCUCCAAGAUUGCCUCCCUGCUGCUGGCCAAGCUGGCGGAUUAUGUCGUGCCAGGCUGCCAGACAGUGCUUUCUCCAACUGCCUCUGAGCCAGAUACUACCUUGGCAAAAGCCAGCCCUAAAAAUUCCAUAAAAGGUGAUAAAGAUCCUGGAGAAGAAAGUGAGGCAGUGGAUGGUAAACUCUCUAUUUUUAUCCAUAAAAGAGAAGAUCAAUCCUCCCAUGAAGUGCUUCAGCCUUUACUGAGCAGCUCGGAAGGUCGCCCAUUCCGACUGGGAACUGGAGCCAACAUGGAGAAGGUGGUGAAGAUGGAUCGGGACAUGACAAAAAGCGGCUGCUGUGAAGUCAUUACAGAAGAAGCUGCUGCAGCUCUUAGAAAGGCAACCAAGUGGGCACAGUCUGGGCUGAUAGUGAGUGUGGGGCCACCCAUAGAGACUGUCAAUCCAGAGAGCAGCAGUGGCUUGUCCACCGGGGACAAAAAGAAGACUGCACAAACUUCCAUUUGCAGGGAGAGGAAUUCAGAGCUCGCCAGGACGGAUCCGGUGCGGCCGUUCAUCAGCGGGCACGUGGCAAACAGCAUGGCAGCAGAGGUGAUUGCCCUGCUGCACAGCCUGCUCAUGGCCCCAGAGUCCAACGCAGCCCAGAUCUGGACAACAACUGCUGAAAAAGUUCUGUCUCGGGCUCUGAUGUACAUUCCACAGCUUGGGAAAUAUGCAGAGAGCAUUUUGGAGAACGGGAGUAGCAGUGGAAGGAAACUGGCUAAACUUCAAAGGAUUGCCCGGCAGGCAGUGGCUGCCCUGUGUGCUCUGGGUGGCUUUAAGGAGACAAUUAAAAUAGGUUCUGAAGUUCAGGUUUUAGGCAAAGGAAUAGCAGGAAGCAUUGGAGUUGUGGCAUCUAUUAAUGAGCAAGAAGGUAUAGCCACGGUCAAAUUCCCACCCACCACUAUAGACACUAGAAAGACCUCCCAGGCAUCAGACACUUUAACUAUUCCAUUAUCUAGGCUCUGUGUUCCAAGAUCUGAGGCAUUGCCUCUUCAUAAACUGUCCAUUACUGAGAAGGUAGUACAGGCAGUCCAGUCCAUGUUGCUCCCUCAGGAGGGAAGUCUCUCUAUUCACACCUCACUUCCUGCAACAGGAGAUGGCUCAACCCCAGUAAUGGCAGUGGUGCGGCUCCUUGCUGAAAUUAGAACCAGAGCAUGCCUGGUGAUGGCUCAGCUGUUGGAAGACAGCUCAUUCUGUGAAGAAUUCAUUCAACAGUGCCCAGCUGCUGUAGAAGUUCUGAAUUUGGUGGCCCAGGAGUGCAGCCCUGGGGAGAGGCUGGUGGUGGUGGAGAUGCAGUGUGAGAGGUUACGGAUGCUGUACCGGGACUGUGCUCGGCCCCCUCCUCCUCCCCUGCAAGCAGACAGGAGACAGCCCAAAGAAAUCACAUGGAGCCCGUCCAGGGUGUUCCCCCCAGUGCGGGCCUGCAUGUUCUCCUCACACCUCACUGCUGUGACCUUCCUGGCUGACCCCAGUGCAGGUGGGGGACUUCCUCGGGGCACCUUUAUCUAUGCCACCUCCCCAGUGCCAGUGCAGGCACCGUCGUUCUACUGGGAAAUUGAAGUGGUUUCCUAUGGAGAUACAGAUGAUGACACUGGGCCAAUAGUUUCCUUUGGAUUUGCCACAGAGGCUGAAAAACGGGAUGGGGCUUGGACAAACCCCGUGGGCACCUGCCUCUUCCACAACAAUGGGCGAGCAGUGCAUUACAAUGGCUCCAGCCUGCUGCAGUGGAAGAGUGUCAGACUGGACGUGACUCUUUCUCCUGGUGAUGUGGCGGGAAUUGGAUGGGAAAGAACAGAAGGAACUCCCCCUCCUCCAGGGCAACCAGCAAAGGGCAGAGUUUAUUUUACAUAUUGUGGGCAGAGACUCGUGCCCUACCUAGAGGAUGUGUCAGGUGGAAUGUGGCCAGUUGUCCACAUUCAGAAAAAGAACACCAAAGUGCGGGCGAACUUCGGCUCGCGGCCGUUCGCCUACGCCGAGGGCCAGGCUCACCGCAACGCCGCCGACCUGUGCCUCGACCUGGCCGAGGAGAUCAGCGCCAACUUCGAGGCGCUGCCCUUCGCCAUGGCCUCGGACAGUGACAACGACGCCGGCACCAGCAUCGCCUCCGACCCCGGCACCCACGGGCCGCCCUGCAGGAUCGCCGCCGUCGCCACGGCUCAGCAGCAGUAUGACAGUGACACAUCCUGCCACUAUAAAAUGGAGCUGAGCUAUGAGAACUUCAUCACCUCAGGCCCUGAUCCUCACCCCCCUCCCAUUGCAGAUGAUGAAAGUGAUGAUGAUGACGACGAUGAUAUUCCCAGGGAGGAUCACUAUGCCCUCUUGGUCAAAGCCUGGGAAACCAAAGUUUUCCCUACAAUUAGAAGAAGAUUCCGUAAUGAGGCUGAGAGGAAGUCUGGGCUGGAUCAGAUUAAAGGAGCUUUACAGUUAGGAAUGGUUGAUAUAGCAAGGCAAACUGUGGAAUUCCUGUACGAGGAAAACGGAGGCAUCCCAAGGGAUCUCUACCUUCCCACCAUCGAGGACAUCAAAGAUGAGGCAAACAAAUUCACAAUUGAUAAAGUACGGAAAGGUCUCACCGUGGUGACUCGCUCUCCUGACAGCAACAACGUCACCAGCAGCGCUGUGGGAACAGCUCUGCCCAAAUUCGCCAUCCGGGGCAUGCUGAAGACAUUUGGGCUCCAUGGGGUUGUUCUGGAUGUGGAUUCAGUGAAUGAACUGGUGCAAGUGGAGACCUAUCUGCGCAGUGAGGGGGUGCUGGUGAGGUACUGGUACCCCAUUGACAUGCUGGAAAGGCCACCUGCAGGGUACAGGAGGACUGCAACCAACGGGCUGGUUACCUUGGAUAACACCAACAUCCAAAUUCACAGGGAGCUGCUGAGGAGUGAAGCUGCCCUGGCCAAGCUUUACUGUCGCAUGGCUCUGCUCAAUAUUUUUGCUCCCAAAUCUCCCCACAUGUUCACCCGGCUGUUCCACAUUCCUGCCAUCCGGGACAUCACCCUGGAGCACCUGCAGCUGCUCUCCAACCAGCUCCUUGCACCACCUCUUCCUGAUGGAACCAUCAGCUCAAGCUCCAUUCUGCUGGCCCAGUCCCUGCAGCACUGCAUCCAUUCCCAGACCUGUGCUGCCACAGACCUCUUCUACCAGGGCAACUCCCAGGCCAUCAGGGAGUGGCUCACAGUGGCCAUCACUCGGACCCUGCACCAGGGAGAGGAGAGUCUGCUGGACCUCACCAAACAGAUCUGCUCCUUUCUGCAGGCAGCACCAGAACAAUUUCCCGCCGAAGAAUUCCCGAUUUCCGAAUCCAAGGUCAACAUGGAUGUGAAUUUUCCUGGGGCUGCCUUUGUGAUCGUGUCCUGCAAGGAGAGUCAGUCUGGCUUCCGAAAAGACUCGUCCCUGUACAAGGCCCCCUGGGCUCGGGUGCUGGUCUACGGGCUGGGGCACAAAGUGAAGAGGAACGGGCAGCUGAACCUGAUCGAGGCCGUGUGCUACCCCCGCGACGCCUCCCCCACCAACACCGGCCUCACGCCGCCCCCCACCACCAACCAGUACCCGGCCGUGAUCACCCCCACGGACAGGGUGCACAUCAAACUGGGAGUGUCUCCUCCUCCUGGAGCUGUCUUGGUCUUGCAUUCCCUUCCCCUGGAAUUCCCCCUGGCAAUGGCAUUCACAGAACAGCUCUUAACCUGGAAAUUAGAAGAUGGGGAUGGAAAAUCUGAAGAUGAGCUGGAUACAAUUCCUGCCUCAGUUCUCUUGCAAGUAGUGGAAUUUUUAGGCAACUUCCUCUGGACAACUGACAUGGCAGCGUGUGUGAAGGAAUUGAUCUUUCACCUCUUGGCCGAGCUGCUUCGCAAAAUCCACAAUCUGGAGCAGAAGAAGAACCCGGCAGGGCUGUCCUCAUCCAUCGCCCUGCAGCUCAACCCCUGCCUGGCCAUGCUCAUGGCCCUGCAGUCAGAGCUGCACAAGCUCUACGAUGAGGAGACGCAGAACUGGGUGUCUGGGAAUGCCUGUGGUGGCUCUGGGGUUGGAGUGGCCGACCAGGGAAGGUUCUCCACCUAUUUCCAUGCCCUGAUGGAAGUGUGCCUGGCUGUGGCAGAAGUCACCUUGCCCAUCAACAUGAGCGUGACAGCCAACGUGAUCUCAUCCACCAGCGCCCCAAAUCUCAGUGACUCCUCCUCCUCGUCCUCAUCUUCCCCAGGGCAGACACCACAGAGCCCGAGCUUGCUGUCCAAGAGGAAAAAAGUCAAAAUGAAGCGGGAGAAAACCUCAUCUUCGGGGAAAAGGGCUUCGUCCAGGGCGGCCGAGACGGACGCGGCGCUCCUCAGCAUCGGGGGCAGCAAGCCUGAGGACAUGCUGUGGUUCCACCGAGCUCUGACCCUGCUGAUAAUCCUCAGGCACCUGACCAAGAAGGACCCGCAGGGGCUGGGUGUGACCAACGACGCCGUGGCAGACGCGUGCCAGGCGCUGGUGGGGCCCACGGCCCACAGCCGCCUGCUCGUCAUCUCCGGCAUCCCCACGCACCUGGAGGAGGCCACGGUCAGGAACGCCAUCAGAAAAGCCUGCAACGCCCACGGAGGGGUCUUCAAGGAUGAGAUCUACAUCCCUCUGCAGGAGGAGGAGCCCAAAAAAACCAAGGACAAAGCGGAAGGAGGCGAGUGCAGGACGGAGCUGGAGAAGCCGACGGUUUCCAGCAGCGCCGACAGUUUGGACAUCAGCAGCUCCAGCAGCGUCACCCCCGCCAUGAGCGUCAGCGCCUCGGCCUCCACCAGCCAGGCCUCCCUCUGCAGCUCCCAGGGCAUCUCCCGCACCGUCAGCGACAUCUCCGUGGACCAGUUCCAGGCGGGGCUGGAGCUGGCCAUCCCGCCCGGACUGCUGGAGCAGCCGCACGUGGUGUCCAGCCAGGAGAGCCUGGACCUUUCCCACUGCAGCACGGGCAGCCUGGGCAGCCUGGGCAGCCUCGGGGAGCCGCUGGACAACGUGGAGACGGCGUCGGUGUCGGACGUGGGCUCCAUGUACACGGUGACAUCUCUGGACAAUCAGCCGCUGCUGGCACGGCCCAUCAAGGGCUUCGCUGUGGUGGAGAUAAGGUCAAGAGCUAAAAUAGAGAAAAUCCGAGCCAGCCUCUUCAACAGCAGUGACCUCAUUGGCUUGUCCAGCCUGGACGGGGAGGAUGAGCUCAUGGAGAUGUCAACUGAGGAGAUUUUAACUGUUUCCACUGUAAAUCAGAGUUUGUUUGACACCCAGGGGAGCCCAGCACUGGAGGAUUAUUUCAAUGAUAAGUCAAUAAAAGGUGAAAAACUGGUCCCAGGCGCUCGGGAAGUUCUCACAGAGAUCUUUAAAAGCUGUGUCCAUUCAGAACAAAUGCUGAGCCUGACCCCAGCCAAGCCCAUCAAAGUGGCUGACAUUUACCUCAGCAAGGAGCAGAUCAAUUCCCAAACCCCUGGGAACCUCCUCCACGUCUUCUUCACCAACGUCCGCCCUCCCAAGAAGGUGCUGGAGGACCAGCUGACCCAGAUUUUAAGGAAAUACGGAGUUCCCAAGCCCAAAUUUGACAAGAGCAAGUACAACAAGGCGGGCAAGGAGCAGCACCCGGUGAAGGUGGUGAGCACCAAGCGCCCGGUGACCAAACCCCCCACCAAGGAGAAGUCCAUGCUCAACAGUGUCAGCCGAACAGCCUUAAGUGAGAAGAAACCCACUGUAAAGCCCAAAUCUCCUGAGAAGAGCAAACCUGAGGAGAAGGACCCUGAGAAGUCUCCCACAAAGAAACAGGAAGUUCCUGAGGAGAAGUACCUGACCCUGGACGGGUUCCAGCGGUUCGUGGUGGAUCGCUCCAAGCAGGACAUCCGGAGCGUGUGGAGAGCCAUCCUGUCCUGCGGCUACGACCUGCACUUCGAGAGGUGCGCCUGCAUCGACGCCCGGCACGCGCAGAAGGCGUCGCGCAAGUGGAGCCUGGAGAUGGACGUGGCGCUGGUGCAGUACAUCAACCGCCUGUGCCGCCACCUGGCCAUCACCCCCGCGCGCCUGCACCCCCACGAGGUGUACCUGGACCCCGCCGAGGCCGCCGACCCCAGGAUCUCCUGUCUGCUGAAUGUCCCCGUGGAGAGCCUGCGGCUGCGCUUUGCCCUGCUGCAGUCCCUCAACACCACGCUGGAGACGUUCUUCCUGCCGCUGGUGGAGCUGCGCCAGACCGAGAUGUACGGGAACAGCAUCGCUGCCCUGCUGCAGGAGGCCAAAGGUUUAAUCUUUUAUGACACAAAAGUCACGGUCAUGAACAGAGUGCUCAAUGCCACUGUGCAGAGAACUGCUGACCACGCCGCCCCCGAGAUCACCCUGGACCCGCUGGAAAUCGUUGGAGGGGAGAUCCGAUCCUCUGAGAACUCCUACUUCUGCCAGGCGGCGCGGCAGCUGGGCUGCGUGCCCUCGUCACAGCUCUGCGUCAAACUGGCCAGCGGGGGAGACCCCACGUACGCCUUCAACAUCCGCUUCACCGGCGAGGAGGUGCACGGCACCAGUGGAUCUUUCCGUCACUUCCUGUGGCAAGUGUGCAAAGAGCUCCAGAGCUCCUCCCUCUCCCUGCUCCUGCUGUGCCCCAGUUCUGCUGUCAAUAAGAACAAGGGGAAGUACAUCCUGACCCCCAGCCCCAUCACCUACGCCGAGGAGCAGCUGUUCCACUUCUUCGGGCAGCUCCUGGGCAUCGCCAUCCGGGCCGAUGUCCCCCUGCCCCUGGACCUGCUGCCCUCCUUCUGGAAGACCCUGGUGGGAGAGCCCCUGGAUCCCGACGUGGAUCUGCAGGAAGCCGACAUCCUCACCUACAACUACGUCAAAAAAUUCGAAAAUAUCAGCGACGAGACGGAGCUGGAGGCGCUGUGCGCCGAAAUCGCCUCGCAGCACCUGGCGACAGAGAGCCCCGACUGCCCCAACAAACCCUGCUGCAAAUUCACCUACCCGAGCCUCACCGGGGAGGAGGUGGAGCUGUGUCCCAGGGGCAGGCACAUCCCUGUGGGGUGGGAGAACAAGGACGUGUACGCGGCCGCCAUCCGCAGCCUGCGGAUGCGGGAGCUGCAGAGCCCGGAGUGCAUGACAGCCGUGAGGGCAGGCCUGGGCUCCAUCAUCCCCCUGCAGCUCCUGACCACACUCACCCCCCUGGAGAUGGAGCUGAGGACAUGUGGCCUUCCCUACAUCAACCUGGAGUUCCUCAAGGCACACACCAUGUACCAGGUGGGGCUGAUGGAGACCGACCAGCACAUCGAGUUCUUCUGGAGCGCCCUGGAGAUGUUCACGCAGGAGGAGCUCUGCAAGUUCAUCAAGUUUGCCUGUAACCAGGAGAGGAUCCCCUUCACCUGCCCCUGCAAGGACGGCGGCCCCGACACCGCCCACGUCCCCCCCUACCCCAUGAAAAUCGCGCCCCCCGACGGCGCCGCAGGUUCCCCGGACUCGCGGUACAUCCGAGUGGAGACGUGCAUGUUCAUGAUCAAGCUCCCGCAGUAUUCCUCGCUGGACAUCAUGCUGGAGAAGCUCCGCUACGCCAUCCACUACCGGGAGGAUCCGCUCAGCGGCUGAGCAGGGGCAGGGAGCGCCCGGAGGUGACUCCGUGACUCUGCCCGCUGGAACCCCCUCAGUUCCCCACCUUCAGCACCUCCCGGGGGAUCAGCUGGGGUUAAUUUAUUUCCUGAACCUUCGUUCCUGUUACAGUAAUUCCCGGAAGACUUCCAUUUUGUAUUCGUAGACUUUGUGGUGGACUGGUUCUUUUGCUGCCUUGUUUGUGGAAUAUUUGUAGGAUAGUUUAGUAAAGACCGGUUUGUGUAUAAUUUAAUUUGGGGAAAAAAGCCUUUCCACCUGUACAUUUCUAAUUUUGUAAUCCACAAUGGUCUGCCCCGUGCAAACAGCGCUGGCAGGGAGGGCGCUCCGAGGCCGGGAACCCUCCCUGAGAGGUUUUUGAGUACAAAAAUGCCAAGUUUGGGUGUGGGGAGGGAAUCACUGCGUGGGCAGGAGCAGAGCACAGGCAGGAUUUGUGGCACUUGCUUGAGGUUUGAAGCAGGAACUUUGCUGCCAAACUGCUUUUCCACCUUUCCACCACUUUCUUUGAAAUUUUUUAAACUCUGACCAAGCACACAGGGGCUGCCACAGGGAACUGGGGGGUUCAGCUCAACACUUCUGGGAGAAUUUCCAAGAGAACAGUGAAAGGGCCAUGAUUCCAUUGGGUUCCUGCCCUAGAUGUUCUUGAAUGUCUGCUUUGCUUAGCUACAAAAUAAUUUAUUGUAAUUAAAAUACGAGCAGAACAAAACAGCUUCUCUCCAAAGGGUGUAAGAUACCACAGUCCAUCCUGAAAAUCCAGGACUUUAUCUCAUUUCCCAACGAGCUCUCAGAACAACCAGGAGGUGCUCAAACACCUGGAACUCAUUUUUGUACUCAAAAAUCUUCGAUCCAAGAGCAAAUUAUCCUAAAAGCCUCUGACACCCGGCAGGAGGACGGAGUCACCCGCUGGAAGAGAAAGCUCCUGAUUUGUGUGGAAAGCCGGGAGCUGACCGCGGACAGGAGCAGCUCCACGCUUCUCUGGUGUGCUGUGGAACGUGCGGGGUGGUUCAGAGGCCCCUCCACGGGUGUCUCAUCCCUCAGCAGGAUUUCCAGGACACUCCAGCUCUGCUGCUCCCUCGGAUCCCGAGUCCUGAGGCAGAGACCGUCCCGGAAUCCGUCGGUGCUGCCCGUGAGCCGCGCGGGAGCCCCCGGCUGAGGUGACCGAACCUUCAGCUCGGUGUCCAGGACAGCUCCCGGGAAUCCCAAAUGUAUUUAUUGUACAUUAUUGUGAAUAGUGGGAACGCUGAGUGCGUGGGAUGCGGGAGAGGCGGCGUGAGUUGGGGAUGGGUGUCCUUGUUCUUCCGUGAGCGAGUGGGAGUGGGAGUGUGUGUGCAGCAGUCGUGGUAGUCGUCGGCAUCCGGAGUCUCCCAACCCCGUGGUUAGGAAGCUGUUACCCUCCCAAUGCAUAUUGCCCUGUCCAGGGAACAGAUCCGUGUAGGAAGAAUAUUUACUCUUGAAUCUCGUCCAUUUCCUGGUAGAAGCGUUUAUGUAGCUCAGAAACCACUCGGAGCAAGCGGGAACACCCGGAGUUCACAAAGACCGAGGGGAGCUGCAGCCGAGGGGGCGGCUUGGAGCCGGUGUGUUCCCGUGGGGACACGCGUUCCAGGCAGGGAACGUGGGGAACACCGGCUGGGUUCUGUGGCAGCUCGGGCUGGGCUCUCUCUGGGCUCUCUCUGGGCUCUCUCCAGUCCCGAAAUUCCGAGGGGCCAUCCCGGAGGGCUCCCAGUGCCAGCGGUUCCCAAGGCUCCAGUUCCAGCUGUGAGUACGAAGCUGCUGCUGCUGUGUGUGCGCUCCUUGGGGAGGCACAUCUGAGUGGAGCACACCUGCCCCCGGCGCCAGGCAUGUGCUGGAACGUUACUUGAUCCGUAUUUAUUACAGUUAAUUAUUUAUGAUUACAAAUAACGAACUUCUCGUCGCUGCCGUUUGCACCUGGGGGUGCGAACGAAGCUUCUUCUACAGGACAAAUGUCGCACCAAUAACCAACUUCCAUCGACUUUGGUUUGUUCUGGAGAACAGGAUGAGCCCCACAAGAGGAAUUGUGGGAGUUUCUUGGCUUUUUUUUUUUUUUAAUUCCAUGCUCCUGGGAAGGAAGUGCUGCAGCACCUCAGCUGUGGCUCAAAUGGCCUUUUAAUUAAAGCUUUUCUAAUCAUCCUUAAUUCCUCGUGCUUUAAAUGAACUUGACAUUGUCUGUACUAGGCUUGUUUGUCGAAGCAAAGAUUGGUUUGUGAUGAUUAUUAUUAUUUUUUUUAAUAUAUAUUCAUUCAGAAUGUAAAAUUAUACUAAACAAUGGAAAAACUCUGGAGCUGGGUAUUAGUUCUAGCUUGGUGUGUGUCCAUCUGGGUUCCAUACACGGCAUUAACCUGUAAGUGCUCUUGGCCAUCGAGUGUACACCUGCAUAAAGGAGAUUCUUAACAUC